GAUUUAGUUGCUGAACUACAGAGCUAAAGCAAAUAGCACACCAAGGAAGAAGCGGUCGGAGAUGGAGGCGUCGCAGUUCGAGAUCGACCUUGGCAAUCUCUUUGCCUUCAAUCGUCACCACCAAUUUCCCUCCCUACCUUCAUCCAGAGAGGAGUUAGUGAAGGAAUGUCUAGAGAAGGGCACUGAGUUAGUUCAAGCCAUUGCAAAUACUCUGUUCAACUUACCUUCAACUGUGGACGUAGAUGGUCCCCUGGUCAAGUUGCCCCCACCAACAACAAGACUGCCCAGAGAGAAGCCUCUUCCAAAGCCUAAACCUCCUACAAAAUGGGAACUGUUUGCCAAAGCGAGAGGUUAGCAUCUUUAUAAAGAAGCGCAAAAAAGACAAGAUAUCAUAUGAUGAGCCAGCUGGUACUUGGAAACGUCGUUAUGGAUAUGAUCGGGCAAAUGAUGAGGAAAAUAUACCAAUCAUUGAGGCCAAGAUAACUGAUGAGCCAGGGGAGGAUCCUUUUGCUAAAAGGCAAGCAGAUAAAAGGAAACGUGUUGAAAAGCAAGAUAAAAAUCGGCUACAGAACUUGAAACAAGCAGCAAAAGUUGGUGCUUUACCAAGCCAUGUCCAACUAGCUGCCACAGCGUUGCCUAUAACAGGAACCCAGACUGCACCCAAGAAAGUCACUAAAGAUGAACUAGUGAAUGUAGCAGGAAUAGCAGCAAGUGCAACAGCCAGUGGUGGGAAGUUUGACAAGAAGUUGCCCGGAGAAAAGCCUGCACAACAUAAAGGGAAAUAUCGCAAGUUCCUCCCUGUUGUGGAAGGAAAAGGGAUAGGCUCACAAGAGGAGGAGCAAACUGAGAAAGUCCUGAACAAGCUAAUCUCUAAGAAUUCCCACGAGAUACUCAAUGUAGAUAAGGCUGUCACCAUGUACAACGUGAAAAAAGAGAAGCGAAAGAACCAGAAAGGGAAGUCUUCACCAACCUCAAGCAAGUUGAAACCAAAUUUAAAACCUCAUAAGAAGUCCUUAAAGAAGGGAUCUUCAUCCUCAAAGAAGGGAUCUUCCAAGAAAACAAAGGCAAAAUGAAAGUAAUUGAGUGAAACUCUGGAAAGCUUGUAGAGUAGCUUUGAGCCAGGUACUACAAGUUUGUUUAUUGGGGACGAGAUUGUUUAAUUUUUAUAUACUUUUUACUGCAGGUUUUGUUCACCGAAAUUCUGUCAUUGGGUACUUUGGAGGAAUUUUGUAGUGCUGCAUCUUAUCUGUACACGAGGGUUGGGUUUCUAUACCCUCGAGGAAUGUCAGAGAGGUUUUUAUACAUUUUCAAAUUGUUCUAUCCGGAGAAAUGGUGUGGAAGAUCACACUUAUAGUGGUGUUGGAAUGGGAUUUUGUUGUAACUUUUGAUUGAGUGAGACGGGUCUCACCCUUUCCUAUGGCCAUGUCCCCCUAACAUCUUUCUGAGGGGAUAUUUCCCAAUCUCUCUUGUAACGGAUUCUGAUGUUGCUUAUUUCCAUAUUGAACCACAUAUCAGGAAUCGAUCAAGUGUUGGAGAACCAAGCUAGUUUGACUUGGUUACUUAAAUAGUUCUAAGCAAUAUGCUGUCAGAGCUCUAAAUUAUACAAUGCCCGUACGUGUUUCUGGAUGGCAAAAUUGUAUAUUUAGGAUUUAUGCAAACUGAACAGAGCUGAUUCGUUUUC